AUGCGGAGGGGGUGGGCGGGAAGCCCAGGUCAGCGCCGGGGCCACAGUGGUCCCCACCCCAGACGACCCACAGACCGAGCCAGCCCCACCAUCGAGGGCGGAGGGGAGGCGAUGGGAAACGCGCCACUGCCUCACCCACCUCCAGCCUCCGCGGGCCCAAGUCCGCCCCGCCCCCGACAGUCCUUCCGAGGCUGGAUCUCUGGCCGGCGCGGGGACCGCGACCCGGGCUGCAGGAGGCGGGGGACCGCGGUCCCUGUGUUCGGCUGCUCUGCCUGGGGCACCGGGACCGUGGCCCCUGGAGGCUGA